UUCUGGUUUUAAUUUAAGACCAACUGCAAUGCAUGUCUUAUGAUAUUAUUGUCUUUAAUCUGAGAGAAGGACACACAUACCAGAUUUUAAGAUGACAAGCUCAGUAAGUGGAUUACUGAUGCCAUAGAAGCACUGUGGGAUGUCCAGGCAGGCAAGGUGUGAUGAACGGCACACAUUUUCAACAUCCCAGCUAGUGCUUUUAACUACUGUAAACUACUGAUGUGGUCUGACAUUGUGCAUUAUGUAAGACUCAUGUAAUAUUUUUAACAUGUGUAAGUUCUUUGCAAUGUCAAGCACACAAGUUUGAAACACUAGCUAGGUAAAAUAUAUUAUAGUUUCUGGAGACUUUCUUGUUGAAUGAAGACAUUGUUCAUUGAUUAAGGUCUUGCUCUACAGUGGAAGCGGCAGGCAGCCAGUUUCACUGACAGCUGGGAGUCCAGCGGAGGUGACUCAAAAUCUGCCCGAUGACAAAUGGAACCUAUUAGUGUGAAAACAAUUUUCUGAAAAGCAUGAAAAUGAGAGAGUGGUAUUCUUGACAAUUGGGUUAACCUUUCAAAGAAAGGACUCAGAAGCAUGGGAGAGGCCUGAAUUAUAUUUUCAAAGUGUCUACCUUCAGCAAUGGAAAAGUUGGGUCCAGUGUUGAGUCCGGCAGCCAACCGUUCAGUAGUGAACAGCCCCGGGCUGCGUGGCCACCCCACAGCUCCCAGCGUACAGCUCGGCGUUAUUAGUGCACAGUCCCACUUCAAAGACCUACUUGGGAUAUCGUUCAUGGUGACCCUGAACGCUGUGGCUCUUGUGGCCAAUGUGGCCGUGAUGGUGGCCAUCGUCAAAGCCCCUCAUUUGCGGAAGUUUGCGUUUGUCUGUCACCUGUGCGUUGUAGACAUCCUGUGCGCUGUGCUGCUGAUGCCCCUGGGCAUCGUUUCCGGCUCCCCCUUCUUCAGCUCCGUGGUCUUCACUGUACUGGAGUGCCAGGUCUACAUCUUUCUCAAUGUGUUUCUGAUCUGUGCCUCCAUCCUCACCAUCACCGCCAUCAGCAUUGAGAGGUAUUACUACAUAAUACACCCCAUGAGAUAUGAGGUGAAAAUGACACUCAACCUCGCCAUCGCUGUGAUGAUUUUCAUAUGGAUCAAGUCUAUUUUAUUGGCCCUGAUCACUUUGUUUGGCUGGCCAGCAUAUGGAAACCAAAGCUCCAUCAGUGCCGCCCACUGCUCCCUCCACUGGAGCCACAGCAAUCUUAGAAAGCUCUUUGCCAUCAUCUUCAGUGUGUUGUGUUUCCUGGUACCAUCCAUUGUGAUCGUUCUUGUGUAUUGCAAUGUGUAUAAGGUGGCGCGGUUGGCUGCCCUUCAGCAUGUGCCCAUGCCUUCCUGGGCCACAAACCCGAAGCAGCGCUCGGACUCCAUCAACAGCCAGACCACUAUCAUAGCAUCUCGGACCCUGGCACCGAGGCUGACCCCAGAGCGGAUAUUUGGGGGCAGUAAGGCAGCUCUCACCCUUGUACUCAUUGUGGGACAGUUUGUUGUCUGCUGGCUGCCUUAUUUCUCUUUCCACCUGCACCUGUCCCUCAACACAUCGCUGAAGAGUCCAGAGGACCUGGAAGAGGCAGUUACCUGGCUCGCCUACUCCUCCUUUGCUAUGAACCCCUUUUUCUAUGGCCUCCUGAACCGGCAGAUCCGCGAGGAGCUUGGUAAGCUGCGUCGGUGCUACGCCACACGCCCUGCAGACCUGGGGGGCUCCAGUCAUGAGGGCUCAGCCCAGGAGAACUUCCUGCAGUUCCUCCAAAGGACCACCACAGAUGCACGCUCCAUUUGCGUGAACUCCAGCCCCAGGAAUAUUGUGCACCAGGAAGUCCGAAUCCCUGGACAGAUCCCAGAAGACUUUGAUUAGAAAUGCAGCUCUUUUGGAUGGCAUUGCUCACAUUUUGACUUGUCAUCCAUUUAUGCACAUACUGUAUUUGACAUUUGUAAUAGUAAUACAUUAUUCAUUAAUACUGGAUCAAGGCUUAAGUGUCACAUACCACAGUUGAACUACCCCGUAUGCUUCCAAAGCACUUUUCCAUAUAACUGCCUGUGAAUGCCCAGCUCUGACUGCCUCUGUGUUUGGUCGCUGUGAAGGUGAAUCGAUUAUUUCAUGAUAUCGGAAAAUCAAUGGGACUGUUCAUCUCAUUUCACCUGAGUCAUGCAAUCUGAUCUGAAGACUGAUGGACCUGUCUUGGAAAGUUAUUUAGAAUCAAGUUAAUUAUUCUCCUUUUUCUGAAUAUAAAAACUGACAUCUGGGACUGUUGUGGUUUAAUAAAAUUCAAAAAAGGGGAUAGAAGUAAUCCAGCAAACUAUAGGCCAAUCAGUUUAACUUGCAUAACUGGAAAAGUAAUGGAAGCUCUAAUCCAAUUGAAAAUGGUAGAUUACCUGGAUUCAAAUAACAUUCUGAGGGAUAGCCAACAUGGAUAUAGGAGAGGUAGAUCCUGUUUAAAUAAUCUACUUGAGUUCUUUGAGGAAGCUACAGGAGAAAUUGAUCACAAAAGGGUCUACGACGUGAUUUACUUAGAUUACCAGAAGGCCUUUGAUGUUGUCCCCCACAAACGGCUCUUGCUUAAGCCCAGAGCUGCAGAGAUUUUAGGAACUGUAGCAGCUUGGAUUGAAAACAGGAAAACAGACAAGAAGCAGCAGGUAGUUAUUAGAGGCACAAUGUCACAGUAGGCCUGUGUUCAUAGUGGGGUACCGCAGGGUUCAAUUUUAGGACCACACAGUAUUCAAAACAAUCUCUUCUUGCCUAAGGCCUAAGAUAUAACAGACCCAAUAUUCCUCCCCUCCCAGGCCUACCAAUGUCCAGUUUUACUUCCAUAAUUGUUCCUAAUUUACAUUAAUGAUAUUGACACCAAGGUGGGUGGUGUAGCAGACACUAAACUAGCAGCACAGUGGCAACGGGCAAUCUAUGCAGGGAGCAGAAAUAUAAAGUACAUAUAUGUUAUGGGCUCCUCUGAAAGCAAAAGCAAAAGAGACUAAGGGGGGACAUGAUCCAGGUAUAUAAGAUUCUAACAGGUCUGGAUGCUGUUCAGUCAAAUGGCUACUUCAAUAUUAGUUUAAAGACUAGAACUUGUGGCCAUAGGUGGAAAUUAGCGGGAGAACAUUUUAAACUGAAUUUGAGAAAACACUUCUUUACACAGUGUGUAGUUAAAGUAUGGAAUAGUCUUCCUGCUAGUGUAGUGUAAAACCCUGGCUUCCUUUAAAUCAGAGCUAGAUAAGAUUUUAACAACUCUGAGCUAUUAGUUAAGUUCUCCCCAGACAAGCUUGAUGGGCCGAAUGGCCUCCUGUCAUUUGUAAAUUUCUUAUGUCCUUAAAUGACCCAGAUAUGCAAAUAAAUAUUUCAAAGAUAUUUUCCAAAGGUAUAGAUAUAUAAUAUUAUUUUGUAUAUUUGGGGUGUCAAAGAAAAACUUACAUUUAAGCAUGCUUUAAAUUUAACAGCACUAGUAAUAAUUUUAAGACAAUUUAUUACACAGUCAUAGGGGGAUUAUUAUUGUUAUUAAAAAUAUAUAUAUUUUACUACUUUUUAAUAAAGCUCUUUGUUUGGA